AUGGCGAAAAGAACAAGGCAGGCUUCAGAUGUCCAGGAAGACAAGACGAAAAUCCGCCUUGACGUGGAGGCUAUCUCUGCAGCCACAUUGCAGUCAUCGCACGAGCAGACCAUCUUCAAGGAAAGCUUUACGACUGGAAUGGCUGCCGUUAAUGAGCGCAUAGCCGGGUCCCAAGCUAGCCAGUUCAAGCAGAUAGGGUCAUUGUACAACGCCCCUCCUACUCGGACUCACGCGAAUAUGACACGCUCUGAAGGGAUGGGCGUUCGUGGCACACCAUUCGUCGUAGCUUGUCGGUCGGGUUGCCCAUACGCAUGUCAUUUACAGCAGAAAUCAACCAGCUCUGCGCUCCUAAGCCGUGUCCUUGGGCGUCUCUUUGUUGGAUACUCAGGGCUGCCAUUCUUCAGCCCCAAAUGCGACUUCCAGGCAUGGAAAAAGUCGCGCGCGAGUCAAGUCUGUAUAGAAUAUUGGUUUCCUUUGGGAUUCUUGUCAUCAUCGAUCGUGAGGGUGCAAGUGGGAUGUCAGCCCAACAUAGGAACCCUGCUACAGCUUAAUACACUUAGGAGGGUGCCAGACACAGCACAAUGUGUCAGCUAUGCCUUGCACGGUGACAUCGAGGGGCUGAAGUAUCUUUUCGAGAAUGGCUUGGCUUCUCCCCGUGAUGUAAGCGCUACUCGAGGCUAUUCGGUUCUUCGAUGGGCCCUUUAUGGAAAACAGUAUGAGACAUGCAACGGCAACAACCCUAGGAACAAAGCAUGCUAUUUCCUUCUCGAAGGUGGAUUUUCCGAUACUGCAGUAGAUGCUCUUCGCGCAAUAACGAAGAAUGGUUAUCUGGAAGAUUUCAUAGAUGAGGCAGGAUUCACAAAGACACACAAAAUCGUUCUGGGUCUAUCUUUAUCGAGCCUGGAAGAUGAGAUCAUUCUAAAUUCUGAUGAUAUAAAAGCGAGAGAUGCAAUGGGACAUACACCUCUGGCUUGGGCAGCUGCACAAGGAGAUCACCGAGCCGUUGUCACAUUGCUAGGCCACAGUGCUUAUCCAAAUAUUAUGGAUGUUCAAUUGUCCGGUCCCUUAUCGAAUGCUGCAUCUCAAGGCCGCACUGUUGUCGUUCGUUUGCUAUUGGAAGCCGGAGCGCACACCUACUUCCCCUAUCCAAAUGAGGAGAGGAAGGGUAGUCCUUUGAAUUGCGCAGCUCGCAAUGCCACAGAUGUUUUGCUAUUGAAAACUCUCCUUGACUUCGGAGCGGACGUGGAUGCUAGUGUAACAGAUGGAAGAGCCUCGCUUAUCCACGCAGCUCGGACUGAUAACGCUAGUUUUGCUAUGUUAUUAAUGGAAUACGGAGCGGAUAUCAAUGCUAUUUCGGCUGACGGGUCAACCUCCUUGACUACUGCAAUCGCCUAUAAUAAUCACAAUGUGUUACGACUAAUCCUUGAUCGGUGGCAUGAAUACUCUACUUGUCCGCGCCUUAAGGGACCCCAUCUUCUCCAGAUAGCAGCACUAUAUGCUGGUAUCGAGACGAUUCUUAUUUUAGAGGCGACAGAUCAUUUCAGAAAGAAUGCCCGGCAAUAUACACUUGGGAGCUCUGGGAAUAAUCUACGGCAGCGCCUUGAUUUGACCGAUGAUCUCGCUAUGGCCUUUGACGAUCUAUUGGGUGUAAUAAACUACGUGCCAAGCCAAGAGCAGAGGUCAGAUGGCCCUCUUAAGCCUGGGAUCCUCUCUUGCUUCCCUUCGCAUAAUGUCGACUUCGGAGGGGUAGACCAUGAUCCCAACAGCGCUUGCAGUUCCAACGAAAGUUUUUGCGAUGUAUUUGAGCGCCUUCCCCUUUCCGCAGAGGAUGAUGCAAUCUUGGAGAAGCAUCAUCUUGUUCGUUAACGCCUCAAGCUAGCGGCCUCUUGCAGGAAGCUAC